GCAUUCAAAUUUGUAAGGCUCCUUUUGCUAAGUCCUUUUAAUUAAAUACAGUAAUUCUUCCUUUUUCCAAAGGAAUACUAUGGAGGAAGGAAGGAAGGAGAAAUAGCCAAAUAGGAACCCCCCAGCCGAUAAAAGGAAAAUGUAGCCUUGCUUUUCCUCCCACAUUCUCUCUCUCUCUCUCUCUCUCUCUCUCCAAACUAAAACCUUUCAUUUCAGACAGAAAAGAAUGUACAUUCAACAAGAAGAUCACCAAACAACAUUGAAAAAAACAAACCAGAUGUUAGAGAAUACUGGCUGCUUCAGCUUUGAAGAAUGAAUCCUCCUCAAUUUCACUUCUUUAUCUUAUUCUUCUUGUUUCUUCUUCCUAAUCAUCAUCAUCAUCUUGUCUCAGCCAUAGAUAUCCUAACUCCGGGAACACCAUUAACCAAAGACCAAACCUUAAUCUCUUUAGGUGGGAAUUUCGAGCUGGGAUUCUUCAAUCCAGGAAAUUCCAACAGCUGGUAUAUCGGAAUCUGGUACAAACGAAUUCUCCCUGUCAGAACUAUUGUUUGGGUAGCUAACAGAGACCAUCCCCUGACAAACUCAUCCGGGCUGCUCAAAAUCGGCGAACUCGGAAACCUCCUACUUCUCGAUGAAGAUUCUGGAACGCCCGUGUGGUCGUCGAAUCAAACCAAGGAUUCUAACACAGUUGCCCAACUUCUAGACAAUGGGAAUUUCGUGGUUCGACACCAAGACGAUGCUGAUUCAGCUGAUUUUCUGUGGCAGAGUUUUGAUUACCCGACGGAUACAUUAUUACCCGGGAUGAAACUCGGGUGGGACUCGAAAACCGGGCUGAAUCGGAACUUGACAUCCUGGAAAACUGCUAACGAUCCAUCUUCAGGGGACUACAGUUUCGUGCUGGAUACCAGUGGAUUCCCGGAAAUUUUCUUGACGGAUAAAGGGAUCCGAAUUUACCGAAGCGGACCCUGGAAUGGACUUAGAUUUAGUGGCGUCCCAGAAAUGAAAGCCACUGGCCCUGUAAUUGAUUUCACAUUUGUCACGAGCAAAGAUGAGGUAUAUUAUUCGUUUGAUAUGAGAAACAAUUCUGUUUAUUCGAGAUUGGUGGUGAAUUACACGGGUUUUCUUCAAAGAUUUACAUGGAUUGAAGACAGCGGAGUAUGGAAUCUGUAUUGGUACGCUAGGAAAGAUCAAUGUGACUUCUACAAAGAAUGUGGGUAUUAUGGAAUUUGUGACACAAACGCUUCCCCUGUUUGUAAAUGUAUGACGGGAUUUGAGCCCAGGAAUCCACAGGCUUGGUAUUUGAGAGAUGGAUCUGAUGGUUGUAAAAGGAAGCACGGAUUGGAGUGCGGGAGUGAUGGGUUUUUGACUCUGAAUAACAUGAAAUUGCCGGAAAGCUCGACGGCUUUUCUGGAUUCGAGCAUGAGUUUGAGUGAUUGUGAAAAGAUGUGCAGGGGGAAUUGUUCUUGCACGGCUUAUGCGAAUUCGGAUAUUGCGGGUUCCGGUUCCGGGUGUGCAAUUUGGACGGUGGAUCUUCUUGACCUGCGGCAGUAUGCGGCGGCGGAAGGUGGCCAAAAUCUAUACAUUCGGCUGGCGGCUUCUGAUAUAGACCAAACUAGCAAUGUUGGAUCCGGAACUGAUUCCAAUGGCAAUGCCAAGCGAAUCAUCAUGAUUGUCGGCAUUGUUGUCGGUUGUGCUGUUGUUCUCUCCUUAGUAACCAUAUGGUUAGUGCACAGAAGAAUAAAAUCACAAAGGGAAAAAAGAAGUGCCAUAAAUUACAAAGGUCCACGAGAAAAGAGUCAAGAUCUUCUGUUGAAAGCGCCAGUUACCCUAAGUAAAAGAGAGUACUCGGGUGAAAGCACAACUGAGGAGUUUGAGCUUCCAUUAUUCGAUUUUAGUACCAUUGCUUUGGCUACCGAUAACUUUUCUCAGGCAAAUAAGCUAGGACAAGGUGGUUUUGGAAGUGUGUACAAGGGAACAUUGGUUGAAGGUCAAGAUAUAGCUGUCAAGAGGCUAUCAAAAACCUCAGGACAAGGCGUUGAGGAAUUCAAAAACGAAGUUAGAUUGAUCGCAAAGCUGCAGCACAGGAAUCUAGUCCGGCUUCUAGGUUGUUGUGUUGAUGCGGAAGAAAAGAUGCUAAUCUACGAGUAUAUGGAAAACAAGAGCCUGGAUUCAAUCUUAUUCAACCAAGAGAAAAGCUCAUUGCUCAAUUGGCAAAGCCGUUUCAACAUUAUUUGUGGGAUCGCCCGGGGGCUACUUUAUAUGCAUCAAGAUUCAAGAUUUAGGAUUAUUCACAGAGAUCUUAAAGCAAGCAAUAUUCUUCUUGACAAGGAAAUGAUUCCCAAGAUUUCCGACUUUGGGAUGGCAAGAAUUUUUGGAGGAGAUGAGACUGAAGCAAGUACAAGAAGAGUAGUUGGAACUUACGGUUACAUGUCUCCUGAAUACGCAAUGGACGGCAUCUUCUCUGUCAAAUCUGAUGUUUUCAGCUUUGGAGUUCUAGUCUUGGAAAUAGUCAGUGGCAAGAAGAACCGAGGAUUCUAUCACGUGAACAAUCAACUUAACCUUCUCUCAUACGCAUGGAAACUAUGGAGGGAAGGAAGAGGGCUGGAGCUGCUGGAUUCAACAGCCGGUGAAAAAUUUGAUAGUUACGAAGUAAUGAGAUGCAUACAGGUUGGACUUCUGUGUGUGCAAGAGCAUGCAGAAGAUAGACCAGACAUGGCAAAUGUCGUUCUCUUGUUAAGAUGCGAAAGUGCACCAGUGCCUAAUCCUAAACACCCUGGAUUCAUCCUUGGAAGAAGACCUGAUCAUACAAGUUCAUCCUCAAGUAAACAAGAUGAAUCAUUUACGGUAAAUCAAGUUACAGUCACUAUUAUGGACGGCCGGUAGUAGUAAAGAAGUUACCCACCAAUGUUUUCUGUAUAGUUGAAAGGGAUUCAGCAAUUUUUCCUGUUAAGAUAGAAUGCGAAACUUGUCAGCUUAGUCAAAAUGGAGCUAGAUUUCAAUAGGUCUUUUUUAUUGAGUAAUCGACAUGGUAUACAUUUUGCUUGUAAAGUCAAAUGUAAAUUUAAUUACUUUCUUAUAGCUCUGUAUGCGCUCAAGAGAGCUCUCUAUUCUACCUACCUCUUCGCUAUCAUAUUCAUAUGAAAAUGUAUCAUAUUACAUCAGUUUUGUAAUAUUAGUCUUCACAAAGAAUAACCCUUUUGAGAGUCAGUGGCUGGAAUUCAU